AUGGGUAAUUGUAAAAGUUGCUCUUUAAAUGUUCCAAUUAUUGAUCCAAAAUAAGAAUAAAUAGUUUUAACCGAAUAAGAUGCUUCUCUACAGAAUAAUAUAUCUUAAAAGCUUUCAGUUUCACAAUCUGUAGGUUCAGAAUUAGAAAAUUCAGGAAACUAAUAAUAGAUAAAUAAUAAUAAUAAAUAAUAAAAUCAAUAUGAUGUAGGAAUAAGGGAUGCCACAAGUGAAUGGAAAUCAUUGAAUUCAAAAAAAAAUCAAGAGAGUAAUGGUCUCUAAAAUCAUAUUAAAGAUAAGAAAAUAGAUGAAUUAAGCAAAAACCAAUUUAGAAUUGAUACCCAACCUGAUGAUGGAUUAUUAGGAACCUAUAAUCUUCCUUCUAAUUUAAUGCUCGAUAGUAACUAAGAAAGAAUGUCUAAAAUUAAUCCAUAAUUGGAAGGAACUAAAAUAAGUCAUGCUAUGGUCUAAAGUAAUCGUUCCAAACCCAAGGUUAACAUUCAAAAACAAUCAUCAUGA